ACAGAGAGACUGUUGAAUCGACGUAUAAUCGGGCCAUAAAUAUGUAAUAUAUAUUGCUUAAAUAAUAUAAUAUAACGACCUUAAACUGAAAUCAUCACAGUUCAAAUUGGCAGAAUAAAUACUCGUGCAAGAAAACGAAGAAAACACUUAUCUCAUUCAAGUAUUUUUUAUUCAAGUAAACAAGACAAUGUUUACACAAAACGCAAUGAAAUAUUAUUUCACAAUCACAUUAACAAAUGUAUUGCCUAUCUCGAUAUUUUCUGUUACCUCUUUACUCUAACAUUCCAUAUAUUGUUAUCUUAUCAGGACAGUUGCAAAAGCUUCAAGUAAAUAUCGUUUAGUGUGUGGGACUACACAUUAGAGCACGCUGUUGUGUAUACGUGCUAUCGAAUUACAAUUUAGUCAACGAACAACGGCAAAACGAAAUCGAACGCAUAUUAAGAAUUUGGCUCUUACUUAAUUAAUAAAAGUACCUCUACAUAAAGUCUUUUUGCAGCUUUUAUAUUUAAUUUAUUAACAAAUUUUUGAAAAGUGAAAAGCAAUUAAUAGGUAAAAGAUGGUGUCUGUGGAAACGAUUGGAUCGAUGUUUAUCAAGACACUGAAAUUGACGAUCAACAUUAUUAUUCUUAUCCUUUACUGUAUUGGAGAUGAGGGAAUUUUUUUGGGCGUAAGUGGAACAUGGAAUUUAAAUGAAGAGAAGAGCCCUUCACCGGAAAUCGUAGCCUCUGGUAUAUUUGUAGGGUUUCUAAUCUAUACCACUGUGCACACAGUGGCCUUCUUCUUCGGCACCACCAAACAUAAACGUGAGUUGACAGACACACUGAUGAAUAUGGUCGGAACAGCCAUGUGGAUUGCCAUUGGCGGCGUGGCUUUACAUUAUUGGGGCGGCUAUAUGUCUGAUCAGGACUUUCUCUAUGUAAAUGCUGAGCGUCAAACGGGCAUCGCAAUGGGUGCUCUGUGUGUAAUUGAAGGUGCUCUUUAUUUAUUGGACACUGUAUUAGCUUGCAUACACUAUUCCAAGGCUGAGGAUAUUGAAUACACAGGAGUUGGACAUUAGUCGAAAAAGUUUAUCAGCAUUGUACAACAAAACCUUUACAUUUCAUAAUCAAAUAGUUACUGUAGUGCAAAUUAAUUUUACAAAAAUUCAGCAAAACAUUUAUUGAAAACGAAUUCUAUUAAGUGAGAACAAGCGCAAAUAGCUAGCAUUACCAUUAGCUUUAAUAAAAUUAUUUAAUUUUGAAUAAAAAAAAUAUGUAUGGCAGUCUCAGGGACAAAUGAAAAAAUAUUAAAUAUAAUUACUUUCAAAUACCUUUUUAGGUUUAUCGAUGUAUUUUACACAGUUUUUAUAUACUGUCUAAUAAAUGAGCACAUCGCUCUACGAUCACCCCAGAA